AUGUUAAAUUAAACAUUAAAUGAUGCUUAAAUAGUGGCUGGUAUUGACAAUUAAUAGCAGAAGAAUCAUUGUGUAUAUAAUUGUGAAGUCUAUCCGAAUGGUGAAAAGCCACUAUUAUUAAUGUGCACAUAAUAUUUGGCUGUAGAUGAUAAAUUAAAAUGGAAUGUGUUUUUAAGUUAUGUGCGCACUUUAGGUAUCUAGGAUUAACAUCGAUUAGGGCUGAAAGUGGACCGACAGUUCUAUGCCAAUUUGCGAAAGAUUUAUGAACAGAUAUUCACUCAUUGCUAAGAAGAAGAUCUCAUAUUAUUGGAGUCCUAGUUUGGUAAGCCUGCAGAAGGCUAUCAAGAUAAUCAAUUAUAAGAAAUUUUCUUCAUGUUUUCAAAAUGUUCGCCUUUUAACAAUGAUGCUAGAACGGGAAGGUUUCUCAAGAUUGGUGCUUAAUUGGAGCCAGAAAAUCUAGAUGAUAGGUCCACCGUUGUUGCUGUUCAAUUAUUCAGAAAGUUUUUUCUCUAAUAUGCUGAUUAUAACUUUAAACAACCAAACCCAUUUCACAUAAUUAAAAAUAGCAACGCUAUACAUUAUGAUACUACAGUUGUUAGGGAGAAGAUAGUUAAUAUAUUGAUAAAGAAUGAAGACUUUUUAAAUUACAUUGAAAAACACACCUCACUUUUUUAGAGUCAAUCCUUUUUUGAUCAACAAAAGAAGUCAGAUCUUUAGAAGGAGAUUUUGAUGAAAUUUCUGAUUGAAAACACUGAUUUACAUCACUUCAUAAUUAUGGUAUAUGAUUUAUUGAACAAAGUAACUGAAGGAGAAUUCAAUUCAACUCUUAUUCUAAAACAUAUAUCCUUGUAAAUUCUAGAUCCCUUUAUACAUCCCCUUGCUUUGUCGAUUUGUGACUUUUAUGAAUAAAUUUUGGAAGAAGAAUAUGAAGGUACAGAGGAUGUCAAGUAAAUGAAAGAGAAAUAUCUGCCGAAAAUUACAUUUCUCAAUAUGGAUGGAUAUGAUUCAGAAUUCAAUUACAAAUUGUUGGAUAAUUACUCAGAUUCAUGCCAAUACAUAUCAGUUUUGGAUGAAAUGUUGGAUAGUGACGAUAAAUCUUAAAUGUUUGAUUUGGUGACCAAGGACAGAAAUUGCUUUAUGUAGGCCAAAAACUCUUAUAUCAUUCCAAUUAGAUAGAGUCAUAAAUAAAAAAGAUUAAAUGAUAUGCAUUUUAGACACAUCUUAGAUCUACUUGUUUAUCCUUUGAUCAAAUCUUUCUAGCCUUAGGUUAUUAUUUUUAGUUACUCAUUUGCAUAUUUUAAUCAAGAAUCUGAUAUCCAAUUAUCUUCCAAAUUAUUUACAGAAAUUACUACUCAUUUGUCAUUGAUCAGUAAUUACAAAGUCAUUUUUCUACCUAGAAUUUUAUCAUCUGGAGUAUAAAUUCAAGAUCACAGAUUUGAAAUUGAACUCCUAAAAACUGACCAUAAGAAUAUCCUAUACUAUUUGAAUAUUUAUUUAACACACGCUUAGUAAAGUUUUAAGUUUUUACAUCCAUCUAUUUAAUAGAAUUGUGAAUUAUCGCAUUAUGCAAAUUAUGCAAUGAAAAUAGUUAAGAGCAAUAGUUUUUAUGAAAAGAAAAAGUAAGGCAAUAUUACACAUUAUGUUUUAAAUAAAGAAAAGGAAAGAUAUAUGUUUGAAAUAUUGUCAGGCUUUCUUGAAUCCUGUAGAAAAUCCUACCUAUAAGAAGUUAAGGAUAAGGAUAAGCGUAUGUAAGAUCCUAAUCUGUAGUGUUAGGAUCUAUUACAAUAUAAGUUAUCCUAUGCCAACCUGUUAGAUAAACUGUAUCAAUUCCAUCAGAAGCAUCUAUUCAGCAAUUUAUUUAAAUCAACUUAAUAACAAAUCCAUACUUAUAAAUUGUUGUCUAAAUAGCAUUAAAAAACAUAAAGAAGAGAAGAUUCCUAAUUUGUUUCCUUUUUAGCAUAAGAUUUAAAAGAUUACAUUUAUGUAAUAGAGAAUUUGGUUAACGAUGAACCUCAAUUAUUGUAAAUAUAUCUAAGAAGAUUAUAAUCUCCAGUUUAUAUACACAAUAGACUUACAUAGUACUUUGUGAAUUAUAAAUUGAAAACUAUACUUUUUAUUAACGUGUUAUCAUUCAUUGAUAUUCGAGACAUUGGAAUUGAUUCAUACUAAGUAUGUUUGGUGAAUUAUGAAUAAUAUCUAAACACUGUUCAGAAAACCAAUUAAAUUUGGGCAGAAAUACAAGUCAUCCAUGAAACCACUGAGCCCCCUGUAUUCUUUAGAUCUCUGUGUUUUGAUAAAUUAAAGAAUAACAUAUAUUGUAUAUAUGGCAAAGAGGCCAAGAAUAAUACCCUAUGUGAUUCGAUAGACACAUACAAUUUUGAAAAACAAACAUAUAAAACCAUAUAUAGAGACAAAAAUACAAAAAAGGAGAGUGACACUUAUUUUGCCAGAGCAUACGCUUCCUCGGCUGUAUUCUCAUUUGGCCAAUAAUAAAAGACUUGUUCUGAAGUGUGGACCUUUGGAGGAUCAUUUCUAGGACAUUAUAAUCAAGAAUUCCAGAACAUGGGAUUUUGCAAUUUAGUUGAAAGAUUGUUCAUAAGUGAAGGGUCGUACCGAUCUGAAAAAAUCAAUAAGGAAUUAAUAGUUCCAUUAUCUAUGAGACCUAUGUAUGGAUCCUUGAUGCUAAGUGUGUAAGACAACGAUGAAUCUGCUAUCUUGAUUAUCGGUGGAUCAUAAAAUGAACUACUUGUAAAUAUGGAAUAAUAAGAAUACAUUGGAUACAAAUUUUAAUAGAUUGAUAAUCAAUAUUAUGUGAGUGCCAUCACUAAUCGAGGGUAAAAGAUAAAUCCCAUAAGUUUUUAUUCGCAAAACUAAAACAUCUAUUCAGUUCAAGAUAAGAUCUAUAUUUUGAAUGAUGCCACUCAAAUAUUAGGAAAAUCCUAUAGGUGGAAUAAUGAAACCAACGAAUUAGAAGAAACUGAUCCCUUUUCUCCUUAUGGUAUAUUAAGCAUAACUACUCUCAAAAUUUCAAACAAUUUAUCUUCAUAGGAGAUAUUUUAGAAAAAGAAAAUCUCUAUUAUCAGUAUUGAUGCCAAGAAUGUCAUCUUGAAUGGCCCUUAAGUUGAAUAGCCAUUCGCUCAAAUGCAUAAGGCUAUGAAAUUCUUAUAUAAAGAAUAAGAUAAUGUGAACUAUUAAGCAAGAAUUAUAUUUUAAGACAAUAAUAAUAAUGAGAUAGUUGGUUUAAUUAAAAAUUUCUAAUUAACCAGAUACAUAUAUUUAUAUGUAAAUAUCAAAUAAGAUGAAAAUGUACAAUAAGGCUACCUAAAGCCAUGUUCAAUUUGUGUUAGCUAUUCAAACAAAAGUCUUUACUUGCUUACCACAAAUAUUGAAAAUGGAUUUGUCUAUUUUACUAUUUAUAGUUAUCAAAUAAAUCAAUUGAUUUAAGAUAUCAAUUUGUCAUUAAAUAAAAACAACACCAAAUUAGUAUUGAAUGUGUAUACCAUUUUUGCUAAAGUUGUAAUGCAUCUACCAAAUAAUGUGGAAAAGAUCUUCAAACAAUUAACAUGUGACAAUGAAAAUCUAUAUUUGAUAGGGGGAUACAUGGGACUUAUUUAUUAGUAAAAUGACCUUGAUUUGAUAUUACUUCAAGGAUAGCAAACAUAUAAAUAUCAUAAACAUAUUGAAAAUGGCAACAAUAAUAAUUUCAAAAUUCCCUUUGACAAUCCUGAAUAAAAUUCCACAUUCGGAUAAAGCAAUAAGUAUAUGUAUGAAUUUCCAUAUAUUAUUUGGACUGCUAAAGACCAAAUUCUAAUCAUAGAAAAGGAAUUUAAACAGAAGUUCUUUAGCGAAGUAAUUGAUCGAGUCCAUCAUGAUUUUAAAAUUUGGAUAACUAAAUUUGAAAUUUAAAUGAACGAAUCUUGGGAACAAGGAAUUUUAGUUCUUCCAUCCUUCUUACUUACUAAAGCAUAUGUAGAGAUGACAUCCUAAGUUAUCACUGAUAAAUUGAAAGAAUAAAUUUAACAUAGAAAAUUGGAUUUGUUUCUAUAAAAUACAAAUACUGAAUUUGAAACAAUUGUGAAAAUAGUCGAUUACAUCUCAAUUGAUUAACGAAUAAUAUUGACAUGUGCAGUACAAGUGUUAAAUUUUAUCUAAAUGCUGAGCUUUGAAUUUUCACUCGAAAAUUAAGAGGAGUAUUUAUUAUAAUACAAAUACAAUGGAACCCAUUAAUAACAUUAACAUGCUCGCAGAUACUCAGUUCCAAUAUUUAUCCCCAAAGUUACACUCCUGGUGACAACUCAAAAAUAAGCUGUUAUCGAAGGGUAUCAAAUUUAUGAUCCUGUGAAUGAACAUUAAACCAUCAGAUAAUAAAACUAAAGCUAAAUCAUUGUAAAAAUGAAAGAAUAAAUCAAAGUUUAUAAUCUAAUCCCCUAAACCUGA